AUGGUUAAGCCAAAAAUAACUGUUGAAGAUGCUAUUAAAAAUAAAGCUGAUGUAAAUCAUAUGCAUCCUGAGUUAAAUCGAGAAAUAGUAAACUUAAGGCAUGAUUUAAUAACAGAACAUAACAAUAUAAAUUCACUUCAAACUUCUUUAGACAGUAAAGCAGACAAAAAUCAUUCGCAUGAAUCCUUCACAACUGUUAGAGCAGACGACAUAAUACUGAACUUUGACCUUGGUUCAAGUGCACCUUUAGAGAAUCCAAGCACUAGCGUAAAAGACACGCUUAACAGUUUAGAUAACAAUUGCAGGAACAUUGAAGGUCAUGCCAGAAACUUUGAAGCAUAUGAACUACCAGCAAUGUUAGCUAAGAAAGCAGAUAAAGAACAUACACAUGAAUUCUUCACAACUAUUAGAGCUGAUGAGAUAAUAUUGAAUUGGGCUAUUGCUUCAUCAAGCAUGCGUGAUGAAGAUAUGUGCACUAACCUAAGAGAUAUGGUUGUUGAUUUAGCCAAUAAAACCGACAAAAUAUAUGUAGAUGAAGAAUUAAAUCGUUAUGAUACAAAAGCAAUGAGUUAUACAGAAGAAGCAAAGGAAUGGGUAGAUGAAAAUUAUGUGAAGAAGUCAGAAGUAAAUGAUGCAGUUAAUGGUAAAAUUAAUGAAAGAUUUUCGAAUAUAGAUUCAUUAACAGUUAAUGACAUUCAAUUACACCAUCAAUUACCUGGUCAAAAGAAUGUGGAAUAUAAUAAUCUCACUAAUAUUCUUGAUGGUUUCGCUGAAUUUAGAACUGAUGCAACAAAUGCGAUUGCAAGCAUGAAAAAUGAAAUAUUGCAAACCAUAUAUCCUAUCGGUGCUUUAUAUACAUCAAUGAAUUCAACAAAUCCCGCAAGUGUUUUAGGUUUUGGUACAUAG